AUCCGUGUUUCUUUACAGAAAUGUGGAUUCUAUUUGCUAGUGUUUAUUUCAAAAGGGCCAAAUAACAAUCCUUAUGUACAAGCUGUGUACUUUACAAUGACAUAAUAACAACAAUGGACUGCAAAGAAACCCUUUGUGGGAGAAACGUCUCGGCAUAAAAUGUCUUCCGGAGCGAAUUGCAUGGGUACUCGUGAAUCCUUCCAUCGGAGCGAAACGGCAGUUCCCCUGUAUGGCUGUAAAUAAACGGGUAUCAGGAACAGUGUUCUAUGGAACAUCCAAGUGCAGCGAAAUUUAUAGUAAAGGUUGCGGAGGCAGAGGGAAUUUUCAACUUCCUUUCUGAACCAGAGAAGAGACAGGCCCUGCAGUUCUUACUGUCUGUGGUUAGACGAUACAACUCUUCAAUAGUACUAGAUACUUCCAGAACCAGUGAAAGUUGUAAAACAGCUAAGGAUAAGGAACUUGGAGAUGUUAUACAGACUUUCAGUCUACUCCUGGAAAAACAAAUAUCAAAAUUAGAGGAGGAAUUGGAAAAAUCUGUGAGGGGUGGUGUAGACCAGUGUCUAUCAGUAGAACCCGCCUGUGAAAGCAAUAGUGAAGACAAGCAACAGCACACCGUAUACACUUACAGUGUGAUUGAAAAUACUGGCAAUGAGGAAAAGCAAUCUUACAGUUUGCAACAUCUUCCUCCAAACAGAAGUAAAAAUUUAUUUGAAAGAAUUUAUUCCCCUUUGUUUACUUGGGAAAACACUAAAUAUGAUAGACUGGAACACAGAAAAAGAAAGCCAAUAGAAAGAAGGCAACCAAUUAAACUGCUUGUUAAAACGGCCUACAAACAAAGACUUGCAGAAAAUGGAGAAACUGCAUGCUUGGGAAAAGAUGACAGAAAACAAAAUUUCUCUUGCUUACUCUGUGAUGAUAAAUUUUCCCAGGAAACUCCUUAUUUACAGCACCUGGUGUUUGUCCACCGAUCAAGCCCUUGUUGUUGUAGAUUCUGUCAUCAACUGCUCACAUCUACUCAGUCAAUCCAAACUCACAACUUGCUCUGCGGCGAAUCAAACCAUCUUCAAACUCUGAAUAGUAGAGAAACUUUAAGAAAUCUUCUAGCUCCAAAUCUGAUUUCCUCUGGGACAGAAAACCAAACUCAUGCAGUUGAAAAUAACUCCUCUCAAGAAAUAUUGGAAACACAAUCCAAGGAUUCAUCAUGUUCUAGAUCAAGACCAGCAGGACAAUUCCACAGGCAGGUACAUACAGAGGAGAAGCCAUUUCAAUGUUGUAAAUGCAGAACCAGUUUCAGAACCAUGAAAGGUUUGCUGAAACACAGACAGACAAACCGACACCUAGUGAAGGAAGGAAAUGUCAUCAACGAAAAAAAAUAUCUGUGUUCAAUGUGUGGAAGAAAAUACUUCAGAAAGCAAUCUCUCCAGCGCCAUUUAAAGAACCACAAAGAAGAAGCUCCACAUCAGUGUGAGUUCUGCAGCUUCACUUCCAAGGAGGCAAACAAUCUGAAGCGACAUAUGGACCUCCACUUUGAAUCUAAACGUAACUUUGUGUGUGAAGUCUGUGGGGCAGCAUUUCAUGCCAAGAACACACUUGACACACACAUAGCCUUUAAGCAUAAUGAUUCCCGGCUGUUUCAAUGCAAUGUGUGUGAGGCAACAUUCAAGGUGAAAAAUGCCCUCAAAAGGCAUAGUCUGGUGCACAGCGAGUUGAAGUCUCACAAGUGUUGGUGUGGUGUAGGGUUCAAACGAUUGACUAAUUUAAGGCGACACACGUUGCGGAUCCAUGGAAGCACUGACGGAUUACUGCCCCCGGUCAAGCGAGUGAAGUCUCUAGACUCAAACAAAAAAGCACCUGUAUCAAGAACAGACCUUGUAGAACAUUCUGUUUCAGACCUCUCUGUUGCUGACACCAAUACUCAUGUGGUGCCCUUUAACCAGGAUACCAAAGUGACAAAUGGUGCCUCAUUGGUGCCUUUGCCACAGGAUACCUAUAGGGACCAAUUACGAGGUGUCGCAGAUGUAUCAACUGGACAAGGUGAAACCUGUGGUAGUGGAAUAACUGUUGCUCCUAUUCUGUUGAAUAAUAAAAAUAAUGCUAGUCUACAUAAACUAUAUCCUGACAACCCUCAAUGCAGCUUGUCGGCUUUGCCUCAGUCAGUGGGGCUUUCAAAUGUUAUUAGGCAGAUACAAGAGGUGUUUGAUUUGUCUUAAAUAAAUAUGCACAAAUAAUG